CGGAGUGCUGCUCAUGCGGGGGCUUCUUUGCUGUGAGGGGAAGCGGAGGGCGGCAGGCUGGAGCGACGCGGGGCUCGUCGCCUCUUAGACAGCUAGGCCGCUGGGCGCGGGUCGCCCCUGGCAACAACGAGAGGGGCCGGACGUCGCCAGCCUCGAAGUGGGACUACUGCGUGCGAAGGCCCUCUUGCCACAUUCUGCACGCCUCCCAAUGGAAUGCUAGCACACGCGUAGGCGAGAGCGCAGGUCCCGGCUGCGACAGUCUGUGAGGCUUGGCAGGAAUGUUCCACCCACUUCAUUGGAGGCCUCCCUCCAGCAUUUAUUCCUACUACACAAAUACUGUCCGCUUCAUCGGCUACAAAGGGAAACUACAACUUGUUUGGCAAAAUGAGAAGUCCUUGAAAGACAGGUACCAGUGGCUGCUCACCUGGCUACGGAAAGGAACAGAGCAAUGUCCAAGGCAGAAAAACCUACUCUCACUGCUGGCCAACCAGUGCAGCUAUGUGACCGGCCAAAGGGUCCAGCGCGCUCAGCAGAUUGGACAGCUGUACAGUAACAUCUACUCUGAGAGAACACGCAAGAGCCUCUUCAGCUCUUUGUGGCGCAAGUUCCUAGGGCGUUAUGCCAGUGCCUGCAAGCUGAUGGCAGCCGUCACUGGUGUGUUCUUGUGGGAAGAGGAGAGGAUCAAAGAAGAGGAGCUGAAAAGGUCUGCAGAAGAGAUGAAACGCAUGGAAGAAAUCAAUGUGUUCCAGAGUAACAAAGGAAUGAGCCAGACACAGGAGCCAAAGGAUGCAGGUUCUGUUUCCAGGGAGCAGAGCUGGGAAAUGGUGAUGGACAAGAAGCACUUCAAGCUAUGGCGGCGCCCAAUUGGAGGGACUCAUCUGUAUCAGUACCGAGUCUUUGGGAAAUACACAGAUGUGACACCUAGGCAGUUUUUCAAUGUGCAACUGGAUACAGAAUAUCGAAAGAAAUGGGACUCACUAGUCAUCAAACUGGAGGUGAUUGAGAGAGACCAGGACACCGGAUCAGAGGUUAUUCACUGGGUAACUCAUUUUCCUUAUCCAAUGUACUCGCGGGACUAUGUGUAUGUGCGACGGUACAGUGUGGACCAGGAGAACAAUUUGAUGGUGCUUGUGUCACGAGCGGUUGAACACCCAAGUGUCCCUCAAGAUCCUGAAUUUGUCCGUGUUCAAACCUAUGAAUCUCAAAUGGUUAUCCGCCCUCACAAUUCGUUUGAUGAGAAUGGCUUUGACUACCUGCUAACGUACAGUGACAACCCGCAGACAGUGUUCCCCCGGUACUGUGUCAGCUGGAUGGUCUCCAAUGGCAUGCCAGACUUCCUGGAAAAACUGCACAUGGCAGCUUUGAAAGCCAAGAACAUGGAAAUCGAAGUGAAGGACUAUAUCUCUUCUGCCAAGUCCCUGGAGUGUGGCAGCAAUGACAGCAAGGAGGGGAAGGCCAGCAUGCCCAGCCAGGAGCACAAAGGUGAAGGGACCUGCAGCCCUAUUAAGAUAGACUAUGCUUAAAGGAGAGUGCUCCCCAACCCCGCUCAGAGUUGGCAGCCCAAGCCUUUUCAUUCUGCAAGCUGGAAAGGAUGAAGAUUGCAGGGAUGCCUUUGGGACCUUAGUUCAGCUGGUCACUUCCUGUCUCUAUAACUCCUCCCUCUCCUCUGCAUUCUCAGCAGAGGGCAGUGAUCUUGCCAUUGGGAGCCAGGCUCAGCAACUUUGUAAAGCAAUUUUGUGUGCCACUUGUGUUCUGGUGAUCUUCUUUUUCCCAGUGAGGAUGUUCAUGGCAAAAGCCUCUCCUUUUCUCUUCACACACAUCCCCGCCAUUCCUUUGGUGCUGCCAGGUGCCUUUUAGAGGUGGCCCUGCAAAACCAGCAGGGCCACCAAAGCCUUGACCCUUUUACAGGUACGGUGGCACAUGAGCACCUGCAGUGCCUCCACUGGCAUGUUGAGUGAAGCCAAUCCAAAAUACUUGUUGCUGGGGCAGGAUCUCUGCAUCCUCAGCAGGCCCUGGAUGCUUUCUUGGGGCCGUGUGUGUGCCACCUGUGCAGCCUGUUGCUUUUCCUCCUCUGGCACUACCAAAUGCAGCUUCAGGCUGCCGGAAGCAGACACUGCCAGGCUUUGGGUCAGUGGUGUUGUUGCAUCUCUGGCACCUGUAGAGUGAAGGAAGGCUAUAUUUUUAUGCAUCUUGUUUUGUUUUUUCCUCCUUGGCUUGAUAAUAUUCAACAGCUACUGGCUCAAGUUCUGGCUGGAGUUAUUCUACUUCCUUUGCCAAACUGAUGGUAGCCCCAAAUGUUUCAUUUAUAGUUAUUCGAAGCAGAAACAGGAUCUGCUUGUGUCAACUGUAAAUCAGUUGGUUUUGUCAGUUGAUUUCGUCACUGGAUUUGGAGAAGCGCCUAUUAGCCGCCGACUUCUCUCUAAUAUGUUUCCAGGGUGGUGGGGAAGAAAUUGAGCUUCCUUUGGGAAACCCUUGAAUAGAACUGGAAUACCUGACAUUAGUAUGUGUGUGCAUCUCAGGUCAGAGUAUCUAACAUGCUUUUGUUUUGGCAUGAAAGGCUUCGAAACCAUCUAUAAAAGAAGAUUAGAAAGUAAAGUUGAACACAAACAGUUUGGUUUUCAGGAGAGGAUGGGGAGUUGAAGACACACAUGCACCUGUCUGUCCUACAUACUCUCGUUUUUUAAAAAUAACUUAUCAUUGGCUUGGUUUUCUUCCACAACCUAGAGUGUACUAAUUUGUGAGUCCCAACUUCUUCAUUUAUUGUUGAGGCUGGCGGGGGAGAUGACAUUCCUACAUGCCUGCUUUACAGGUGCACUACUUCCUUCAAUUGUGUUCAAUGUGAAGCAAAGGGGUGUGCCAGUGUUCUCCUUCCAGAUAUAGGCACCAUAAGCUGAAUUGUCCUGAUAAACACCCAGGAUACCUACUUCUACAGUGAUAGGGUUCUGCUCCUUGCACAGUCCUCAAAGAACGCAAAGUAGAAUGAAUCGUAAGUGAAGCUUGAUGUUGUAUAUAAAUAACCUCAAGGAAUCACUUAUGCGCCAGUGAAAAAUUAGGUUCAUUCCCCGCCCUCUCAUUCUGUGCAUUGAAGCAUGUGAUGUCUUUUUAAGAAGCUUCAUGUGGAGCAGAAAGGAGACAGCCAGGUUGCGUUGAGGAGAUCCAGUGCUAAAAUGAGAAAGCACCUCUUGACUUGGCAGCUGAGAGUUCCAGGGGGAGCGGAGAGUUCUAUGGGGCGGAGUGGGAUGAACGUGUGCAUGAAGACCCCUUUGGUCUUGCUCUGUGGCCAGUUUGACCUGUUAAACAUAGCUACUGAUGCUUUUAAUUAAAGCUAAUGUUUUUAUUAGAACCAAAGCACCAAUAAAGGUAACCAGUUGGUAUGACAGCCUCAUGAGUCAAUCCUUUUUGGGAAUGAAUGGGACAAAACCUCCUUCCACUAGAACAAUUUGGGUUUUGUUUGUUUGUGUGGAACAUCUGUCACAUGCCUAUAUGCCCCAUGCAUAUUUCUGUCUCCAAAACAAAGAUGGUUUUAAGUCUUGGGGAUUAAAUGGAAAUGCAACGCUAGUUUCCUUGCUGCUCAUCAGCAAUGCAGUCAUGUAUUGUACCUUCUCAUACUAUCACAUCAAGACGUAAAAAAGGUCAGUCCACUGCCAAGAACAUCAUACCAAAAGUUACGAAGGUGAGACUAGGGAGAUAGGACUUUGAAAGACUGAAAGGAUGCCUCAGAGCUAUCCUGUUACUUGUGAGUGACGUGCGGAAAUCCAUCCUUCUCUGUGUCAGCAACCUAAUCAAGCUUGUCAAGUGCCUCCAUGAUUUCAACAAAUUACAACUGUGUACUGGAGCAAUCCAUGUGUUGUGACAAGAAAAUGCUGAUUAUGCAAAUUUGCUAUGAAGCAUAAGUGCCAACUCCCAGAUUGAAAAAUCUGGGAUCAGCAGCGGUGCGACACCGGAAGUCACGCUGCGGCCAUUUUGGAACUGGGCAGAGCAGCACCAGAAGUUGCUUUUACGCAUGCUCUGCCGAUUUCCAAAAUGGCCACAGCGCCAGAAAUCGCUUCUGCACAUGUCCAGAGACUCCAGACAUGCACAGAAGGAGCCUCCCCGGGCCGGUAAGAAUCGGGGGAAUUACGGUUUUUUUUAAAAUCCGGGAUGCCAGCGGAAAAUGGCUGGAAAAACGGGGUUUCCCCGGGGAAUACGGGAGACUUGGCAGCUAUGCUAUGAAGCCAUUUCUGAUUUUUAUUUGGCUUUGCCUGACAUAGAGAGAGGCAAGGAAGCUAUUGCCCUAACGACAAGAAGUUUUAAACCAGGUGUAUGUGGUUUUGGCGUGGGACCACUGGCAUAUCUAGCUCAGUAUUGUCUACACUGACUGUCAGCGGCUCUCCUGGGUUGCAGGUGUGGGGCACUCACAGCCUUGCAUGAAGAUGCCAAGGAUAGGACCUGGGACUUGGUGUAUACAAAGUAGGUGCUGUACCUCUGAGCUUCAACAGCCUUUAUCCAUCGGCAUCUCCCAUGUCCAUCCAAAUCGACCAGCAGCUCUGCACAAGUAGACUUGGCUCUAUUUUUUCUUUCUAAAAGUCUGUCGACUAACUUUGAACAACUGUCUUUUAUGCCUUAGAAUUGCCACUUAGGUGUUGCUAUGAGCACAUUCCCCAGGGCUAAAGCUCUCUAAGAACAUAAGAGCCUGCUGGAUCAGGCCAGGGGACCAUCUAGUCCAGCAUCCUCUUCUCACCCUAGCCAACCAGACACCUGUGGGAAACCAGCAAAUGGGACCUGAGCACAAGAGCACUUCUUUAGCUUCCAGGAGCUGGAAUCCAGAAGGGUAAUGCCUGUGACAAGAAGCAGAGCAAAGCAAAGCCAUCAUGGCCAGUAGCCUUAUCUUCCUUGAAUUUGUCUAAUUUGUUCAAUCCUCUGUUAAAACCACCCAAGCUGGUGGUCAUCAGUACCUCCUCUGAGGGUGAGUUCCAUAGUUUAACAUGUGCUAAAUGAAAAAGUGCUUCCUUUGAUCUGUCCAACAUUCAGCUUCAUUGGAUGUCCAUGAGUUAUGAGAGGAGAAAAACACUUGUCUAUCCUCUCUGUUCAUGUCAUGCAUAAUUUUAUAAACUUCUGUUGUGUCACC